UGCGUGCUUUUGCUUUUAGUUUCCUUCACAUGAACAUAAAAAACCUGGCAUCUGGACGGAACCUCGGUUAAAAUGUUAAUUUUAAUUAAAAAUAUAUUUAUUUUAAUUAUUUCGCUUGGAUGCCUGCUAUCUGGUGCAUCUUGUUUUGAUACAGUCAUAGUGUCUGUGAUGGAGGGAGAUUCAGUCACUCUACACACUGAUGUUAAAACAAACCAGCAAGUCAGAAUUAGAUGGUAUUUCAGUGACACUCGCAUCGCUCAAAUCACUGGAGAUCCCAGGAAGAUCUGUACAGAUGUUCAGUGUAAUGAAGGUACUGAAAGAUUCAGAGACAGACUCAAGCUGGAUCAUCAGACUGGAUCUCUGACCAUCAUGAACACCAGAACCACAGACUCUGGAGAUUAUCACGUAGAGACCAUAAUCAGCGGCAGCAUCAGUGAAAAGAUCUUCAAUGUCACUAUCACUGGUGGUUCUGGCUCAAAGGAAGUGCAAAUGAAGAGAACGAUGGAGAUGGAGGGAGCAUCAGACACUUUAAACAAUGAACCUCCAACACUGGAUCAAGCUUCAUAUGACAGAACAAUUCUGUGUGCAGUACUGCUGUCACUGAUUUUGCCUGCCGUUGCUGUUUCUGUGGGUUUUGGUCUCUACAGGAUUCUUAAACGACAUAAGCUAAAGAGUAAAAACAAAGGAGGGACCAGAGAGACACACGAUGAUGAGAAGAUGGUAUUAUCAGAAAUAACAGACUCUCAGACGUCUAAAGUGGAGAUACAUAAUUCAAGAGAGUCAGUGUCUUUGGUUGACAAACUUGUAGAAGAAGGGCCCUGUGAUGGGAUGCAUGAUAAGGCAUAAUUGUUACCCACCAUGCUGAAUUUUGCUGGUUCCACUGUAGCAAUGACAGUUGAUCCAGAAGAGAUAAUCAUGAUUUUGGUGUUCACAAUUCCAGCAGCCUCUUUAAAAAUCUCGUCCUUCACUGUCAUACUCCUCCCUUUAUCUUUCAUGGCUCUUGGCCCCGCUCCACUCAUCACAAUAUAUAAUGUAUAGUCAGUGCAUGACUAUAUAUUAUUAUAAUAUAC